AUGUGCCUCAGUGUGCUACCACGUGGGACUGCCCUUCCAUUAGCACAAUUGGGAAACCAAUGCGCCCGCCGUGUCCGUGGAGAGAGGCUGAGGCGGCCGACCUCCGGCCCGAGGCACCGGGGCGCCGGGACGGCGAAGAUAUCGGCUUCCUUGGUCCGGGCAACUGUCCGGGCUGUGAGCAAGAGGAAGCUGCAGCCCACCAGGGCAGCCCUCACCCUAACACCUUCAGCAGUAAACAAGAUAAAACAACUUCUUAAAGAUAAGCCUGAGCAUGUAGGUGUAAAAGUUGGUGUCCGAACCAGGGGCUGUAAUGGCCUUUCUUAUACUCUAGAAUAUACAAAGACAAAAGGAGAUUCUGAUGAAGAAGUUAUUCAAGAUGGAGUCAGAGUAUUCAUCGAAAAGAAAGCACAGCUGACACUUUUAGGAACAGAAAUGGACUAUGUUGAAGACAAAUUAUCCAGUGAGUUUGUGUUCAAUAACCCAAACAUCAAAGGGACUUAUGGCUGUGGAGAAAGCUUUAAUAUUUGAAAUCUCAGGACUCUUCUGGCCGUAGGUUCCAGGAAAGCUUGUGGAAGCUUUGGGGCUCACUGCAGAAAUCAUGUGACUGUCACAUGCUGGAAAAUAAAGUGAUACAUCUUGAAAAUGAA